AUGCGGCAACUCGAGAUCGAGAAUGGAGAUUUCCCGCCGAAAACGAUCGAGGUAGUUACAGCGACUCCUUGUUUCCCGCCAAAAGGGAUCAAAUCAGUUGAAAGGACGAGGGAUUCGGUUAAGGUUACAGUUAAAGAGAGAUCAUCACCACAUUUCCCACCCAAAAAGAAGCUGGCUAGGCAGCUUAUCUUCACAGAGUUCGGCCUAUCUCCCAUCAUCACCACCUCGCCGCAGUUGCCGGUGGUGAAGCCGAGCUCCGAGCUGCAUUUAUCUCCUCGGUGUGCGUCUUCCUCUAUCAAGCCAGAGUCUCCGAUUCCAAUACCACUCCCGCAGGCUAAUAUUAAAGCAAACAGUGGUACUCCGAAGGGUCCAAAACAAUGCGGUUGCAAACAAUCCAAAUGCUUAAAAUUGUAUUGCGAGUGCUUUGCUUCCAGAGAGUACUGUAAUGGGUGUAAUUGUGCUGAUUGUUGCAAUAAUGUUGAGAAUGGGGAUUUAAGGAAAGCCGCUGCUGAAAUCAUCCUAGAACGUAAUCCACACGCCUUCAAGCCUAAGAUUGCGAGCACUCCAUGUAGUCCUCAAGAUGUCGGGGGCGAUAAAGAGGGUGCUCCACCAGCGGGGAGACACGAGAGGGGAUGCCACUGCAAGAAGUCUGAAUGUCUCAAGAGGUACUGUGAGUGUUUCCAAGCUAAUGUCUUCUGCUCUGAGAACUGCAAAUGUGUGGAUUGCAAGAAUUUUGAGGUAUGCAAGGGCACGAUGGCUGCUUCUGGCAAAGAUGACAGUAAGUCCAAAAUCUAUGAGAACUCUAAAGGAUGUGAGGGUAGGGUUGCUAUUUCUUCGAAGGACAAUGGUAAUAGAAAAUUUUACAGGAGUUUUAAAGGAUCUGGGGGGCUAAUGGCAGUCAUCGGUGAGGAUUGUAUUGAUACCAAAAUCUACAUUCAAAGGGUUACUGCUGCAACAUCAAAUGCCACUGGUUUAUCAGGCCAGUGCUUGUCCCAGGAAUCGAGGAAGAGGAAACAUCUGGAGCUCCAUUCAAAUGAGAAAGAUACACUAAUUGAAAGCUUCUCUGAUUUUCAGAAGGUGAAUAAUCUAAAAAAUUCUUGUCCGUCGGCUACCUUGUCAGUUGAGCCUACUUGUCAUAUCAUUAAUUCUGCUAUGCUGGGCUCUUUUAGGCAUCCAUACAGAUUGACGUUAGCUGAUGUCCUUCAUCUAGAAGACACAAGAAAUGUCUGCUCAGGAUUGGCAGUGUUAGCAGAAGCUGCCAAACAAUUUGCAGACAAAGUUGGCAUGGCAGACGUGAAAGAUGCAGCAGAGAACAAGCAUGGAGAUGCUCCUGAAGCCAAGGAGGAGGACUGCCCAGGGGGACCUGCUUAUUUUCAGAAAAGGGUCCCUGAUGACCUUCAUCUAGAUGGUGGUGCUACUGAUGCGCAAGAAGGAAGGAUUUUGCCUCAUGGAACAGUCAAAUUAAUCUGUAAUGAGAAACAUAAGCAGUUCAUGGAGCCUACUUCUCCAAAGCAGAUUCUGGACCGUGACAUCAAGAAUGCCAACGCAGAGCAGGAAAGGUGUGUUUUGUCAAGUUUCCGAGAUUUUCUUGAGGAACUCAUUACUUUCACAAACAUAAAAGAUGAUGCUUUUCUGUUCCCUUAUUGGUAUCUUGUUCAUGUUACGGGCACAAAUGAGUUCUCGUCAGCUAGAACAGUCCCAACAGAGAAGACAGGAACUGAAGUUUGA